ACAGUUCCCACUUCCCAGUCUCCCAGCCGUCUGUCACCUGACGUACAGUAUACUACGCAUCGUGCUCACGCCAGAGGUGGGGGUGGCCUAGCGCAGUGAGUCAAGUGAGUGAACAACAGUGAACAACCGAGUCGACGAGCGAAGAGAGCCAGCACACUGCUAGCGGUUACUGGUUACUGGCGAUCAGCAGCGAGUCCCGUGGCGAUUCCGCGGAUUCCCCAAGGAACGAACGGCGUACCCGCAGCGCCGACGACGACGGUGCCGCGGCUGUUGCCAAGGCGGUUUCCGCGAUCAUUCCGAUUUGCCUGCCGCACGCGAACACGACGAUCGAUACACGCCGAUCUCGCGGCUACGCUUCAGCUAUGCGCCCGUCCCGGCCGAUGUUUAUGGUCGUCGUUCACGUCGACUGACAGCUGUCAAUCCCACAUUCGGAGUCGCCCGUGAGUCACCGGAUCGGCAGCCGAGGGCCAGCUCAGGUGAUCCCCUCGAUUAUAUCGUUCCCGAUUGCGGGUUUCGCCUACCUACCUGCGCACGUCGCGCGUCUUUCUUCACACGAGUCCUACGAGACAGUAGCAUAGAUCGAGCGCUAUUAAAGCUUCCACGGACCACCUGCACGAGGACGGUAUCAACCCCCGCGCAGGUAUCGCACGUCACAACCUACCCUUUGUUCAGAUGUCCAGGUAUUUUUUCGAUAUCACCGGCAUGGCGUCCAGCUCCGUCAGCCAGGAGGACUUCGACAACGACUUCGAGUUGACGUCCAGGAGACCCAGGAUUAGAACCGCUAGGACCAGAGUGGUCCCGGCGAGGACAGGAGAUGUGUCUUCCAUAAGCUUUCAAAAGAAUACAACCGAUGUGGAGGAAUCGCAAGGCGUUUAUGACGCAAGCUCCAACCCCGUGCUUCCGACCGAGCACGAAAACCCGCAGAGCAAGCCCAUAAUAAGGAAGCAGGAUAAGCGCGUGACCGGCCGUGUCUUUAGUGUCGUAUCCUGUUUGCACAGGCCAACGCAUAUAAACAAGGGAAAGCAGCAACGCGAUCGACGGAAACUGCGAGAAAAACGCCGUAGCACAGGGGUCGUGCAUUUACCGUCGACAGAGAGCACUGGAGGUAGUACGGGGGAAGACGAGGAAGAGCUUAGUGGCACUUGCCUUGAAACUAAGCACAACACGCAUCACAAUGAAUUUCUUGAUCACGAAUUGAUAGAAGAGCGGAACGCCAGAAUAUACACACAAAGGCGAAACAAAAGUCACUCUGAUUUGGAGGCCGACGACGAAGAGUUCGAUUCUCUCAAUCAAUCCGACAGCAUUAAUCAAUCGGACCACGGCAAUCACGAGCCGCAGACGUCUGUCAAUGCGACUGUCAGACCAAGAUUGCCGACGCCAACGGGCGACAACCCGCACGAACUGAUCGAACGAGCGCAAGAGGAAAACAGGAGGCUGCUAUCCCUUCUGGAAGAUCGGGACCAUAAAAUAAUGGCGCUCGAGGCUCGCCUUUUAAAGCAACAGCACGAGUUGACCCUGGAACGAGACCGACUUCGCGAGGAAAAUGCCACGUUGAUUCGCGCGAUGGCGGCGUUAGCCAGCAACUAAUCCUCUUCAUGUAAUAAAGAUCACGCCUUCUUGGCUCUUUGCUCCUUACAAUAAUCGCCGAGCUGCAGGAUGAGCCAUAAGUCGCGCACCGCGUUGAUCCCUUAAUCAUUACUAUGUAUAUUAUUCUUUUCGUAUUUGCAAAAAAAAACAGAAUACGAUUCACUCGGCCUAUGGAAAUCUAAUUUUUGCAUUGUAUCCCAAAUUUCGAUUGUUGGGAGAUAAAUGUGACAGCCGCAGGCUAAACGACUGAAAAUCCGGUAUUGCGUUAACUAUUUUAUUAUUGUUGAUAUUGUGAUAUAUAUACAUAUAUUUCUAUGUAAUAUAGAAGGCAAAAUGAUCGAAGAAUGAUCAAUGAUUUCUCUAUUGAGUGUUAAACCAAUAGAAUUUUUUUUACAUUUGGAUUUUCGGACAAUUAUUAAAUUCAAAUUAUUAAGGUAAAAAUUGUACUUUGCACUAAAUAUCUUGAUUACUUUUGUGAUACAUUGUGUGCUUUCUCUUACUCAAUAUGAUACAGUGUGAAGGAUGAGUUAAUCCUUUUUCUCCCAAGUUUUUUUUAAAGCUGUUUUUAUGCAAAAAUCUGCGAGAUUUAUAUUAAUUUUCAAAGGAUAAGGGCUAAAAGAAAAAUGGUACAUCUUUUUAUCUUGCUUUUUCUUUUUUUCCUAUCGGUGGCUAUGAAGCUAAGAUAAACUGAAAAUCAUGCAUUAUGUUAAUUCUUACUUUUUUUUUUUUAAUGAAAGGCUGAGAAUUUACUAAAAUAUAUAAGCGAAUUAGCUCGUAACGAAAGAAACUUAGAUUGAUAGUGAUAAGAGUUUAGAUAUUCAGUUUAAUAAAACUAAAAGGAUAUUUCACAUUGCAUUCGUGAUAAUUAAUUUUCUGUAUUCCUCUGAUGCAUGAUUUAUGGAUCAUCCUAAGCAAUAAGGAAGACAUACCUAAGUAGUAAGUGAAUCUACCUUUAGUGCGUAUCGCAAAUUGAGUCAUUAUAAAUAAACAGAUAAUUCUCUAAUCACACAGUGUUAGCUGCGGAAAGUAUAAAUAUACGUUUUUGCAAGCUGCAACGCGAGUUACAUUUUGUAAAAAGCAAUAGCAAUCCGCCACCUUGUAAAGAUAUUAUUGUGACAAUUGAAUCUGCCCUCACUCGCAGAGCUUUGGUCGCAGGCACAGAUCGCACGUUUAUUGUCGAUGUAUUUGCUAUUUGCUAUUGCCGAUUAAUUGCCGUUUUUUUUUUGUUUCACUGUGUUCCAAUCGAGCAGAUACAUUGAAACCACGUGAAAGUGCCGAUUAUGACGUAAGCGACUUAAUCCGUUUUCUAUUGUAAUAAUGUAAGAAUGGACGUUCUAUGUAAGUUUUAUACUUGCAAUACACGAUAAUGUAAUAUUAUGAAUCAUUUUAUUAUUUUAUUACUAUUAAUAUUAUUAUUAUUAUACGCGAACCGUACAAAAUUCUGUAUAUAUAGACACACAGAUGAUUGUAGCGAUUAAUCGAUGCAUUUGAUUAGAAAGACCUCCCCGCGACAAACUUGUGCACUACGCGGGAUGAUGUAACAAUGUGUAAAAUUGUUUGAAGAAAGACUUUUAUUGUCA